CAUCCGGGACACUUGGUGAGGUACUUCAGUUAUGGCGGCGAUGUAUUGGUAAUAAGUAUUAUAAAACUUUUUCCUCGAAAUAAGCCAUCGUAUUGUUUUCUAUUAUAUUAUAACUUUUACACAUGUGCUAGUAUUAAAUGCCCGCAAAUAACCAAGAAACAUGCAGAAUGUAGCUCACGCUUCGAAUUGUGAUAGUCCUAGAGAUAGUGAAAUAAACGAGGUUGGUAAAGACCAUUCAGGCUCCUCGUCACCUCUAAGUGGAAAUAUAAGUGUAGAAAGGGGACCAAGCGUCGCAUCUUUACAAGCUCAUUUCAUGGCUGAAUUAUCUGAAAGUGACGAUGAUGAUGUUUCGGAGGUUGAAUCAUUCAUUUUAGAGCAAGGUGAAUGUGAAGAAGAUAGAGCUUCCUCUAAAUUUCUAUUAAAUACAUCAGAACUGUUGAAUCCUUCUGAAAUGGGAUUUGAUGUACGAACACAAUGCCAACUUGAAGCUCUGCUCGAAGCAAGUGGACAGUUCUUUGAAAAUAGCCAGUUAGAGACUGGUUAUGCCACAAAUAUCCGAUAUCCUGAUUCAGCUGAAAAUUAUAAACUUUCAGUUGUGGAGGCUGAAUGUAUAGAGAUGUUUGCAUUUACUGAUGGCAUGUAUUCAAAUCAGGAAGUAUUGAAGACGAUCUCUUCAUCUGUAAAUUGUGCUUUAGAUGAAGCUGUAGCUGUCCUUAGCCGCAUGAGGCCAUGCUCACUAGCAGAAGCUUGCAGCCAUGGUGAUAUCAAUACUGUGAAAAAGCUUUUAGAUGAAGGUCGAAAUGUCAACGAAGUUACAGAAGAUGGGGAAAGUUUACUGUCGCUUGCCUGUUCAUCGGGAUAUUAUGAACUAGCUCAACUACUUUUAGCUAUGAAAGCAAAUGUUGAAGAUAGGGGUUUAAAAGACAUGACGCCUUUGAUGGAAGCUGCAAAUGCUGGUCAUUUAGAAAUUGUAAAAUUACUUAUUCAGCAUGGUGCUGAUGUGAAUGCCCAAACAUCUCAAGAGAAAAAGUUGAAAGGUGCUAAGGUAAAAAAUCAAGACAUAAAUAUGAAGUCACAACAAGAAAUCCAUAGCACAUUGCCCUCAAUUGUGUGUCCCGAAGGAAACACGCCCCUCAUGUUUGCUUGUGCAGCUGGACACGAGGCUAUUGUUAGAGUUUUACUUGAUGCUGGUGCAAGAGUUGAGGAUCACAAUGAAAAUGGACAUACACCUUUGAUGGAAGCAGCAAGUGCCGGCCAUGUUGAAGUUGCCAAGCUUCUUGUAGACAGAGGUGCCAGCAUUAACACUCAUUCAAAUGAAUUUAAAGAAAGUGCUCUUACUUUGGCCUGCUAUAAAGGCCAUUUAGAAAUGGUUCGUUUCCUUUUGGAAGCUGGUGCCGAUAGAGAACAUAAAACAGAUGAAAUGCACACUGCACUUAUGGAAGCCUCAAUGGAUGGCCAUGUUGAAGUUGCUCGCUUGUUACUAGAUUCAGGUGCACAAGUUAAUAUGCCUGCAGACAGUUUUGAAUCCCCUCUUACAUUAGCUGCUUGUGGAGGCCAUGUUGAACUCGCAAUGCUUCUCUUAGAUCGAGGGGCAAAUAUAGAAGAAGUUAAUGAUGAAGGUUAUACUCCUUUGAUGGAAGCUGCAAGAGAGGGACAUGAGGAAAUGGUUGCGCUUUUACUUAGUCAAGGAGCUGAUAUUAAUGCUCAAACUGAAGAGACUCAGGAAACUGCUUUGACGUUAGCAUGCUGUGGUGGGUUUUUAGAAGUUGCAGAUUUUCUUGUAAAAGCUGGUGCUGAUAUAGAAUUAGGUGCUAGUACACCACUAAUGGAGGCUGCACAAGAAGGCCAUCUUGAGCUUGUCAAAUAUCUUAUAAGUGCAGGUGCUAAUGUAAAUGCUGUUACAGCUACUGGUGAUUCAGCCUUAACGUAUGCAUGUGAAAAUGGUCAUACUGAUGUUGCUGAUGUGCUUUUGCAAGCUUAUGCAAAACUUGAGCAUGAGUCCGAAGGAGGGAGGACGCCUUUAAUGAAAGCUGCACGAGCAGGUCAUCUCUGUACUGUACAGUUUCUCAUAGCCAAAGGUGCAGAUGUUAACAAACAAACAACAAAUAAUGACCAUAAUCCUUUAUCUCUUGCUUGUGCUGGUGGUCAUCUGCCUAUUGUAGAAGUUCUACUGACUCAAGGUGCAGAUCCAACACAUAAAUUAAAA